CGCAGUCCGCGCGAAUUGACGUUUCCCGCCAAAGCGCUUUUUGAACUUCGAACGCGAUUAACUUUUUAAAAUUAAAAGGCGCGCGUGUCAACCAGUGUCAGCAUUCGCUGUAUCAAAAGUUGCAUUCAAUACGGCACGUGUUGUGAAAUGUGUGAUAUAAACUUUGCGUUGUGAAAAAAGGACAUUUCGCAAAUUUUGUUUUAUUUUUUUUAUAUCAAUUUAAUGUUUGACUUAAAAUAAAUCAUGGGAGUUAUUGAUCGGAGAAAGUGUUUACCAAAUAUAAAUAUGGAAAUCACGAGGUGGUUACCAUUGGUGUUGGCUGUUGUCACAUUUGCAACUCCAGUUUUAUCAGCGGAACCCCGAGUGGUAUGCUACUACACUAACUGGUCGGUGUACCGACCGGGUACAGCGCGCUUCAACCCCCAGAACAUCAACCCCUAUCUCUGCACGCACUUGGUCUAUGCCUUUGGUGGAUUCACCAAAGACAAUACAUUUAAACCCUUCGAUAAAUAUCAGGAUAUUGAAAAGGGUGGGUAUGCCAAGUUUACGGGUUUAAAAACCUACAAUAAGAACCUGAAGACAAUGCUGGCCAUCGGCGGUUGGAACGAAGGCUCCAGCAGAUUCUCUCCCAUGGUCGCCUCCAGGGAUCGGCGGAAGGAGUUUGUAAGGAAUGCUAUUAAGUUCCUUAGACAAAACCACUUUGAUGGACUCGACCUUGAUUGGGAGUACCCGGCCUUCAGAGACGGCGGCAAACCGAAAGACAGAGAGAACUACGCGAAACUCGUCCGGGAACUGAGAGAGGAAUUCGAAAGGGAAUCGGAGAAGACCGGAAAACCUCGUCUAUUACUCACCAUGGCUGUACCAGCCGGCAUAGAGUACAUACAGAAAGGCUUCGAUAUAGAAACGUUAAACAAAUACUUGGACUGGAUGAACUUACUAUCUUACGACUAUCACUCGGCGUUCGAGCCAGCGGUCAACCACCACGCGCCGCUCUACCCGCUGGAAGAGCCCAACGAGUACAGCGUCGAUAACGAACUUAAUAUCGAUUACACAAUAAAAUUCUAUCUGGAGAACGGUGCGGACCCCAACAAGUUAGUGCUCGGUAUACCGACGUACGGACGCUCUUACACGUUAUUCAACCCCGAUGCAGUGGAGAUUGGCUCCCCUGCUGACGGUCCCGGAGAACAGGGGGAUGCGACCAGGGAGAAAGGAUACUUGGCAUACUACGAGAUAUGCGAAGCUCUCAAGCCGAAGCAGAAGAAACGCAGCAUCAGUUCUGACUCAGAAGAAUACUCAGAUGAAGAAGAGGAAGAGGAAGAAGAAUGGACGGUUAUGCAUCCCAACCCCACCGCAAUGGGUCCAGUCGCCUUCAAAGGCAACCAGUGGGUUGGCUACGAUGAUAUUGACAUUGUUAAGAAGAAAGCCGAAUACGUCGCUGAAAAUGGAUUAGGAGGCAUUAUGUUCUGGUCUAUCGAUAACGACGACUUCCGGGGCAACUGUCACGGCAAGCCAUACCCACUCAUAGAAGCGGCCAAGGAGUCCUAUAUACAAAAACUUGGAUCGACGGAUAACACUGUUGUAUCGGAAAGGCCGAAGUCCCGCAAAUCCGGCAGUAAGUCUGGCAGGAGGAACAAACGUCCUCGCACCACGUCUACCACCACCACAACUACAACUACUGAGAAACCAUCUACAAGGAGCAACAAACGUAAGAGCGGAUCAGCUACAAGUACGACUCCUGCCUGGAACGUCAUCACUCCCGAACCACCUACAACUCCUGACCCUGGUUCAGACUUCAAGUGCACAGACGAAGGUUUCUUCCCGCAUCCGCGUGAUUGCAAGAAGUACUUCUGGUGCCUCGACUCCGGCCCCUCCGACCUCGGCAUCGUUGCUCACCAGUUCACUUGCCCUUCAGGUCUAUACUUCAACAAAGCGGCAGAUUCUUGUGAUUUUGCGCGCAAUGUACUUUGCAAAGUGUCGGCGGCUACAACCAAGGCUCCCACUAAAGCGCCUACCACAAGAACAACGGUCACCACAACAACAACGACGACCACGACACGAAAGCCUUUGAGGAUCAGUACCCGCAACUCACUUCUGUUUAGAACAACAUCCACUACACCGGCACCUCAGGAGGAAGAAUACGAAGACGAGGACGACGAAGAUAACACAGCUGACGAUGCAGAAGAUCCUAAAGUUAUUAAGGAACUAAUCGAUUUAAUUAAGAAAGUCGGUGGCGUGGAACAGCUGGAAAAGCAGCUCGGCUUGUCAGAGACAUCCAUCAGUACUAGCGGUGAUGUAGCCACAAGUACGCCCUCUUCCUUCAACAAAAAGCUUUACCAAAAGGUUUUGGAACGGGCCCGAGGAAGGGGCAAAUUUAACACAAAUGGUGUUACUGGCAGUCAGUCACAAAACAGUCGCAGCGGACCGCAAAACGAAGGCCUCCAGCCAACCGCAGACCAAGAUCGAUUACUGAACAAAGAUAGACCACAGUACGUAACAAUUAAUCGAUCUCGUCCACCGACAACUGAGAACUCUUUAGAGAGUGAGGAGAUCGAAGACGAACAGGAAUCAGCGGAACAGCAAUUGACGCGAGGCAGAUCAGCCGGAGUACAAUCCAAAGUAGCCACAACAAGCAAACCAUUGCAGUAUGUUAAUAUCAGACGAUCGAGGCCUACGACAACUGUACCUGAUUCUGCUGAUGAUUCAGGAUCCAGGAAUAAUGCUCUAUUUGAACGCGUGGAGCCGUAUGUAUCCGUGUCGGAAGCAGUCAACUCUCUCGACAUCGCCAGUGCUAGGAGAGAGAAUAUUCCCGAAUACGUGACAAUUAGACGAAGUCGCCCUACUACCGAAACAACUACUGCGCAAUAUCAGAAUUCGGAAACUGAAGUUGAAUCCCAGGAAUCUGCUUUAGAAAGAGAAAUAACUUCUCCAUCUCUGCAACCCCAGUACACUUCAGUAUUGCGAAUCCGUUCUACCACACUUCCUCCUCUUGAGGAGCCAAGCAGCCCUGAACCAACAACAGUCCUUGCUGUUCAAAUCUCUUCUUUAUUAAAUUCUCCAACGCCUGCGGAAAUACCUUCAUCUGAGUCUUUGUCAUCUAUAUCUAUCACAACACAAGAAAUUGAAGUCCCUACAACAACCGCUACCAGUCCUACUACAACUACAAUGCCGACAACACCAUCUACCACUACGACAACUGAAGCCCCUUCAACUACUACCUCACGUCGAAAUGGCUUGAGACGUCGUGGGUCUACUACAGCGUCAACCGCAACUACAUCAUCUCCAACAUCAACAACUCAGGUUCCACGAACAAACUUCCUCCGUCGCACCAAGCCCACCACGGUCCCCAUCACCACGGAUUCCAACACCGCGGCACCGGAAAACGUCGAAACAACCACAAACAAAUACACGAGGCGGGGCAACUCCAGGUUCAAGUCACGAAAAGAUGCCGCCGAAAUUGUACCGCAAAUCGAGAAAACGCGGGAAAGCAACGAUACUGACGUACGAACACGGCGGCCAUUUUCCAACAGUGACCGACCGACGCCGCGCAAUUUUGCCGCGCGAAGACGCUUUGGUGGGGCGAACUCAACGAGCAGAACAGCGUCAGUAUCCUCGACGACAACUGCGUCUAUCUCUCGGCGUCCGUUCCGCGUGGCAAGCCGGCGACGACCUGCUGUCACCACCAAGCUCACCACAACUACCACUACCACACAGGCUACUACCACCACAAACGUCCUGGACAGCGAUGAAUAUCUACAGGAUAUAGAAGAAGCCGAUUCCAUUGAAGAUCCAACAAUAACUACACGCUCUGGACCGAAAAAGAUUCCGAAAAUACAAAGACGUCCCCUAGUUAAUCUGAAAGAAGAAGAUGAUCAGAAUCCGUCCGCUACAAAUGAGGAAGAGAAGAAAAGACAGAGCAAGAAAUACAGCUCUACAUUCAAACAAAACCAAUUGGAUGCAGCUUUAAAACUUAAAAAUCAAGACGCCUUCGAUGAGGAUGUAGAUGCAACUACUGAAGGGAAAUUUACAGAAAGCUUUAGUGCUGAAACGGCUGUAGCACUUGCAGCCCACAAGCUCUUAGAAGCACCUGUCCCAAUAAUAUCUGACUAUGAAUAUGAUGUCAAACCUACUAGAAGUCCACCAACAAGGAAUACCCAGAAGUUCAAAUACCCAACAACAGAAUAUACACCAGAAAUCACAAAAACACCAUCCUACCCCUUAUCAUACUCUACUACUCCUGGUUACAGUACUGAAACUCAAGACUACGUCCAAACUUCCACUGGUUUGUACUCCGGUGAUAUUCUAGAAACUGUUCUACCUUCGACAGGUGGAUACAGAGGAUCUAAGCCAACUGGAUUUACAUCUCCUACUAUCAUUAACCCUGGUCUAUCGGGUGUUUCUCGCAACUUAGGUCCAUCCACCGUUAGGUACUUGAGUACAACAGAACAAAACAUACCAACACAAGAAAUUAAUCCAACGGCCGGUAGAUAUACUGAUACUAGUGAAAAGUACUCAAAAUCUCCAUCACGACUUCAAGACUUAACAACUGUUUACAAUUACUCUGCGAUUUCAUACGAUUUAAGUCCAGGCGAUAAAUAUGUUAACACAGGAGAGUCCUUACAAACUGUAACUCCAACUGGUAGAUCUCGAGGUAGAAGACCUACUACUAUUAGUGGAAUAGAGCAGUAUACCGGUACCUCACAAACACUUCCGCCCACAAAUGACUUCGGUAUAAGCAAGAAAUACUCAGAAAUUUCUAGACCCACUACUACAGCAAACAAAUACUUGGAUGAAAGAUUUACUGGUAUAUCAGAAGAUCCAUUUGAAACAAGUAAAUAUUUAGAUACAAGCGACAAGUACACUGAUUCCUAUCAAACAGCAGGACCGUCAACUAUCGAUUAUUCAGAUUCAAACAGAUAUACAGGACCAUCCCAAUACUUGAAUCCUAGGUUUACAGUAACUGGAGAAAAAUACACAAAUGUUGCCACAAACCCGUCGACCCCGACGUACUUAACAGAAGAAAAUACAAGAGUAUCUCAGGAACCAACGCCUACUCUUGGUUACACGGGAACAACUGACUAUUCAGAAGUUCCAGCUAAUACAAGAAUACCAAGCAGAUUUACUAACAGAGGCGGAAGUUACACGACAAUACAAAAUCUGAAUCCCACAACCAAUUAUCCAGAAACAACUGACAGAUAUUCGUCUAUUUCACGUAGAAGAAAACCAUCGACCACAACUGUAAGCGAUAGUGAGAAGUAUACAACAGUCACAUUACAAACUGCUAAUCCAACAACAUCGAAUGAAAGAUACACAGAAGCUUCGAGAAGGAGACGGCCAUCUACAAACGCCUACACUGAGACAGACAAGUACACAACCGGGACUGUACAAAAUGUUAAUCCAACUGAAGUCGUUAUAAGUACAACUGAAAAACCAGUACAGUCACGAAGAAGAAGACCGAGCACAAACAGCUACACAAGUAGUGAACAGUAUACAACAGAAACUACAACCACAUUUGGAUUUACGGGCACGAGCGAAAGAUACACAAGUGUACCUCGCAGAACCAGGCCAUCAACUUCCAAGUACUUUGAUACUGUCACAGAGGAAGCGUCAUCAGAAUUCCAAACUGCAGGACCGACUACCGGAUUCACUGGAAUUAAUGAAAGAUUAACCGAAUCAUCACCAAGAGUAAGACCAUCUACAGAUAGCUACAUCGAGACAUCUGAUAAGUCUACCGACUCACCUCAGAUUGAAACGUAUACAGUAAAUAAUAAGAAAUAUUCUGAUAUUUCACGCAGUAGAAAUCCAUCUACUAGCUACUUUGAAUCAACAGAAAAAAGUCCAUUGAGCAGUAGUACGGAAUUAUCAGAAGACAAAGUGUCCACAGGUCGUUAUUUGAAUCCCAAUGGUCAGUACACUGGUUUCAUUCAAGAUGUAAAUCCGUCUACUGUAAAAUACGUGAGCACAGAAGAGAAAUCACAGGAUACAAGUCCAUCUUCAGUUCAAUAUCCAAGUACGACUGGUAAAUACGUGUCGGGACCUAUAGAUGAUUUCGGAUUCUCUACUGCUGGGUAUAGCCAGAGUCAAGACCCUUCGUACUUCACUAGAGAAUAUCUCCUAGCAUCACCAGUUACUAAGACAUAUGACGAUGAAUACCAAUACUUAUCACCGGUAACAACUACGCAGCCAACAACCACGACUAGAAAAUUAGGCAGAAAGAAAACUAUAUUCCGAAGAAUUUCAUCGACAGCUCGACCGAGUUCCACCACAACGACAGAAAGGCCUCGAAGGGUCGUAUCCAGAAAACCUUUCGAGAAAAUACGCAAAGUUCAGAAAGUUAAAGUUCUAAAAGCUUCAAAGAAAGAUCAAGAAAAACAAUUGGUGGAAGAAGAGAAACCAGUUAAUGAAGUAAACACCACUCAGAGGCAGCAAGUGCAGCGGGUACCGGUGAAGGCUGUUGAAUCGCCGAAACCAAACAGAGUUAGAAAACCUAUAACUUUCGACUACUAUGAUGAUAGUGAAGAGAAAGUAGCACGGAAAUACGAAGAGGGAACUAAAGUUAUUCUCCAUAGUAAAGGUACAAUCGAGUGUUUAGAUAUUGGCAACUUCCCGCAUCCAUCUUCGUGCAAGAAGUUCAUAUCGUGCGCUCGUAUGGAGAGCGGAGCAUUACUGGGCUGGGAGUAUGUCUGUCCUAAAGGCCUGUCAUUUGACCCCGUUGGCGGCAUCUGCAACUGGUCAGCGGGACUGGGCUGUCACGAACAAGACUCAUAGACUAAAAAAAGUUCUUCAUUAGGGUUUCCAACUUAUAAAUUUGUGUCAAAAAUACCCCAGUCUAAAUUAUUUAAUAAUUUCUGAUGUUAAAUUAGGGAAAUCAGUUUGACCAGUUAUAAGAAAGAUAAGUUCCUUUUUGAAAUCUUUUUAAUUCAAACAAAAAGAUAAAGAGGUUUUCGGAAAUUGUGAUACUUACUAAAUAUUUUGUUAGCAAAAUUAUUUUAAAAAAUUACAGUAAUUGAAAAAUUAUUCAUAGUAAUAAAACUGAGUGACUAAAGAUUUUAAAGUAAAGCCUCAGCAAUACUCAAAUAAUUUAAAUAAACACUGCCAAGUUAUGUAAAUAUUCGAUAUUUAAGUACCAAUUUUUGUUAACACACUUUUGUAUUUUUAUAUUUAGCAAAAAUAAUAAUCAUUACAAUUCUGCAUAUCAAAUACUUAGCAAUGUAUAUUUUCUUAGUUUUUAUCAAUCACUAGUUACACGUGUACUGAAUAGGCAAAUAAAAAUAUAGAAAAACAACCUAUUUCACAAUGUGCCUUAAUUAUUUUAAAAUAUUUAGUUUAUAAGAUUUAUUUUAUGUAAUUAGAAAUAAAAAUAAAACAAUACUCAA